UGUUCUAACCACGACAAUGUAGUGUAACUCAUUAUUUUAAUUAUAUUUCAUGUGUUGCAGUGACUGUUUUCUUCUAAACGCUUUCUAAUACUUAUUAAAUGAUAUUAAUAUCUAGUUGUAACACUUUCUGUCUGUUUUGUAGUAAUCUAAAACAUCUAGGCAUAAUAUUUUCUGUGUUUUGUGGCAAACUGAGUAUGAUAUUUCGCUUAUAAGUGAUAAAUAUAUAUCUUUGCACGUAAUGUGUUGAUAUAGUGAAAUAGUGUUUAUCAAGUCGCAUAGGACUCAUUUUCAGGUAUUAUAAAGCUGCCCAAAUGUGGGAUCCCAGUAUAGUGGCUGUGGGCUAAUCAAUGGCUUGUAGAACUUUAUGCACCACCGUGCACAGGAAGAGAGUCUUUACUCCAGACCAGUUGGAUGGUGGGAAUCUAAGAAGAUGUUUGAACCGCUGGGAUCUCACGAGCCUGGGGGUCGGGAGUACCCUGGGCAUCGGAGUGUACCUACUGCUCGGAUAUGUGGCAUUAAACCUGGCCGGCCCCUCCGUCGUACUCUCCUUCCUCGUAGCUGCAGUCGCCGCUUCUUUUGCAGGUCUGUGUUACGCGGAGUUCGCUUCGAGGAUACCACGGGCGGGUUCUGCGUAUAUUUACAUUUAUGUCAGCAUGGGUGAGCUGGCUGCAUUCAUUGUCGGGUGGAAUAACAUACUCGAAGGGAUAUUUGGUACAGCAAGUCUAGCCAGGGGACUGAGUAUGUUUGUAGACUCCACCGUCAAUAACACCAUGAGUGAAUGGUUCACUACUUUUGCACCUAUCGGGACUACACCCUUCUCACAAUACUUCGAUUUCUUCGCGUUCUUCCUCGUUCUAAUACUGGGAGCCUUGCUGGUGUUCGGUGCGCGGGAGUCGGCCGUUGCUAACAAUGUCUUCACCAUUAUCAAUCUCAUCAUCAUACUGUUCAUAAUCAUUGGCGGUGCAGUUAACUCUAGUAUUGAGAACUGGUUUAUACCAGAAAUCUAUCUGCCCGAGGAAUAUGGGAUGGGUGGAUUUUUCCCGUAUGGGGUGGUGGGCACAAUGAAAGGGGCGGCUAUUUGUUUCUAUGCCUUCGUGGGAUUUGACACCAUCUCUUCCACAGCUGAAGAAGCUCAAGAUUCACGCAAAUCCAUUCCAAUGGCAAUCCUGAUCACACUGGGCAGUUUGUUCUGCAUUUACGCAAGUGUGGCCAUAGUGGUUACGACAAUGGUUCCGUAUUACCGUACACAGGGUAUACACAUUGCCUUCACAAACGUGGGCUGGGAGUGGGCCAAGUGGGUCAUCUACGUUGGAAUCAUCUGCGGAAUCUGUGCCAGCCUCAUCGGAGCCCUAUAUCCGUUACCUCGGUUGCUGUACGCGAUGUCAUCAGACGGUCUCUUCUUGCAUUGGUUUAGCAAAGUCACGAAGCAACGCCAGUCACCAGUUAUUGCAACAAUAGUUCCUACUACACUAAUAGCUGUACUGGCUGGUAUUUUGGAGAUCAACCAGCUGUUACUGAUGAUGUGUAUUGGGACACUUCUGUCUUACACCCUAGUCGCUAUAUCUGUUAUAGUAUUACGGUAUCGCUCCAACGACAUACCGUAUCUGUACCAGAGUUAUCCCAAACAAAUAUUUGGCUGUCGAAUGCCACCAUCGAAAAUGUCCACCCGAAUCAUUUAUGUUACACUUGCAUUGUACAUACUACUGUGCAUAGUGAUCGCUUUUGUAGCUGCGUUUGCUGAGAAUAUAGCGAUAGCAAUGGGUGUCCUUCAUGCGAUUGCUCUAUUUAUCAUCAUCAUCAUGGCAUUGCAGCCGAAGGUCAAAGAAGAAAUAUAUUUCAAGACGCCGCUGGUGCCCCUCAUCCCCUGCAUCAGUAUUUACAUCAACAUACAGCUGAUGGCUCUGAUCACGGCACAGACAUGGAUUCGAGUAGCUGUUUGGACAAUAAUAGGUAUAUUCAUAUACAUGCUUUGCUUGUAUGUUUAUAAACGUAAUAAGAGUAACUAUCUACAAGAUAACAUGAGUACAUAUCCUCAUCUGGAUAAAAAUGGGAAGACAGCAGUACAAAUUGUAGUACAAUCACCAACUCCUCCCAGCACUGUAAGAGAUGAGGAAAGAAAUGACAGUAUACAAGUGGACAAUAGACACGAGCUAGUGAUUCAUCCAAUAGAAGUUAAAGAUGAUACAGAAAUGAAAAUUGAAGAGAAUAUAAUACAGCAAGCAAUUAUAGAAACAAAUGAUGAGAAAGAGGCAAAAAUAAUAGAUCUUUUAGAUCAAGUAUUACAAGCAGAAGAAGAUAGUUAUGGAGAAAUAACCAGUUUAAAAGAUGACAAUAUUGAACCAAAGGAAGUCAUUCAGAUGACUAAACAAAGAAAAUCUUUGAGCGAAUUAUCUGAUGCUGGAUCUGAUGCAUCGUUAGGUAAUCAAGUAUUAUCUAAAUAUGAUGUAAUAGCGCAAGUACAUAGAGAAGAUCUGACAAUAGUCAGCGAAGAAGAUGAAAAAAAUUAUAAAGAAGAUGUAAAUUUAGAGAAACCAUUAAAUGAGCAAGAAGGACGACUGAAUGACACAAAUGAUAGUGAAACUAAUUCUCGUACUGAUGAAUCGGGAUAUUCCGAUACAUUUGAUAAAACGGUUUUGAAUGAUUCAACAGAAGAUGUAAAAGAUGUUCGUCCUUAUAUACCAGUUCCACCACCGUUUGAUGAAAAAUAUUUUGCGAAAACGAAUCCCAAAAAAUUUUAUUCGAUGCCAAAAUCAACAAUCAAUCCUGUUGAAGACUCAUUAGAAUCAGAGAAAGACAUGAAGCCUAGGGAGAGUGUGCAAUCGAAUAAUUCUAAUGCCGAAGAUUCUAUGGUUUUCGGGAGUGAGAAACAAAUUGAUUUUAUUUCAAAAUUAACUAAUAUUUUUCAGAAUAAAAUAAAUACGGAACACGAAGAGCAUGAACAAAGAAAAAGAUCACAUUCAAUAGGGAACGCCGAUGAAACUUUAGAUUCCGCAACGUCAAACCGACCGUUGAUAUUUGAGGACCUAAAGAAAGAGAUUAUUGCAAAUAAAGGCAAAAAUUUACGGCCCACAAAUCUUAUAGACACUUCAGCACAGACUGACAAUGAACCGCAGAAUGAAGAAGACAAUUCGAGUAUGAGUAGACAAGAUUUAAAGUCUAAAUUAGAGUCGAUAUUUGCUAAUGGUGGUACACAACUUGUUAAACCGAGACUGAUGAAAUCAAAUCCACCAACUCCUGAAGACGCGUAUCAAACAGAAUCCUCUAGUAACGAUAGUAUUAAUAAGAAUGUCAAAGUAGAUAAAAACGACACGUUGAAGAGACAGAAAGCAAAGUUUAGCGUAGUAUUAAAUUCAUUCCGACAAAGUUUUAAUACUGACGACCAAGUCUAAAUUAUAAUAGUUUA